AUGGUGCUCGCCAUGUGGCUGAUCUUCGCAAACAACUCCAAGGUCGCCGUGGCGCAGAAAGCACCGCUGGAGCAGCGCCACAAUAUCUGUGCCACCAUCAGCACUGCUGUGGCCCUCUUUUCCGGCUUCUUCAACAUCCUGCAGCUCACUGCAAUCGACGACUUUGACUUGCCCGGCCGUGCGAACAACUUCACCCUCAACUUGUCCAGACCUAUCGAGUGGAUCCUGACAUGCCCCAUCAUGCAGUUGAAGUUGGUCGUGUUGGCAGGCUCCCGUGUGCCAAGCUACAGGCGCUUCAUGAUGCCCCUCAUCUCCGUGUCCGUCCUCUUGUGUGGCACCGCCUCGAUGUUCACAGGCGAUGCCCUGCGCUUUGCUUGGUACGGCUUCGGUCUAUGCCUGGCCAGCAUCAUGUUCUUCCACAAUGCCCUUCAGAUUAAGGAGAACAGCGAGGGUGAGGAGUCGCUUUUCCAUGGUGACUCCGACUACCGCAAGCUCUCGAUCCUCUUGAUCGUCACCUGGUUCCCUUUCCCGAUGUGGUUCAGCCUGAGUGUGGAGGGCUUCGGCGUAAUCACUGACCCUUUCCUCAUCGAAAUGGGUUGGGUCGUGCUGAACAUCGUUUCGAAGUUCACUUUCAUCAUCUGGAUGCAGCGCAUGAAGAUGGUCCACCAGCGCAAGAUCGAGUCUGCGCGCGAGCUGUAUGGCCUCUCCCCUUCGGACGAGAUGACUGAAGAGGACCUCAAGAAGCGGGCCGCCACCUCGGGCAUUUCCGGUGGUAUCAACCCUGAGAACUACGGCCUUGGUCAAGGCGAGGAGGCCGACAGUGAGCUCAAGUUGGCGGAGCUGGUGGCAGAAACCCUGGUGACUCUUGGGAUGAGCAGCCACACGGAUCGCAUGCUCAGGCUCAUGGUCGACAACGGCGUCACCAACACAGCCGUGCUCGAGCGCCUGAACCAAGAGCGCUGUAUGGAGCUGAACCUGCCCUGGGCGCUGAUCGAAUCCACCCAGCGCCGGUGGACGGCCGAGAAGAUGAACAUGGGCCAGGACAAGGGCGGGUCUAUCGAGAAGGAGGAUCCUUUCAAGAAGCUCCUAGACGCCAACAAGGAGCGCAUGACGGGCAAGAACCUCAUGAACGCCCUCCCGGGCAUGCCAGGCAUCAACACCCCUCCGGUGGCAGGGGCUGGAGGCACAACUUGGUGA